AUGGUCUCGAAAGACGAAAUAAAAAAGUUGAUUGAAAAAAGAGAUAAACUGGAUCAACGGAUUGCCGAAAAUGAAGAAAUUUUGAAAGCGAACGGAGUUGAUAUGAAAACUGAUUUGGUUGAUGAGGAAGGUUAUCCGAUCGCUAGUGUGGAUAUAAUGGCGGUGCGUCAAGCUCGAAACAUAAUUAUUUGUGCAAUGAAUGACAGGAAUCAACUGACAUCUGAUAUUGAAAAUGCGUUACAUGAAUUGCAUGCGCAAGGUUUAAAAGAAGGUGAUUUGGUAAUACAAUUUGAUUCGUUACAUGCUGACAAUUUUAAUGAUAUUAAGCAGUUGAAAACAAAAAUCAUACGAAUAACUGUCACUCGACAGUACGCACCUCAUAAGCUUGAGCUUAUUCCUAGCUUAUGGUCAGGACCAGGUUUCCUUGGCUGUUCUGUUCUUCCGCUUAAUUCUGCACAAGUCAUUUAG